GCGCCGCGGCGGCCGACGAGCGAGCGGAGGAGCGAGCGAGCGAGCGUGGGCCGCGGCGCGGUGCGGCUCGGCGGCCGGCUGACCGGCUGCCUUCCCCGGCGUCCCUCCCGGCCGCGGCGAGGGCGCUGUGCGGCGGCGGCGGCCAGGCCGGAGGAGGCGGCCGGGCCCGGGCAUGGCGGUGGCCCGGGGCGGCCCGGAAGGCGUCUGCUUUUCCGCACCGACAGGGCUCUGCCCAGGCAAAUGCUGCUAGGAUACCCUCCCCGCCCUCCCGCUGCCGCCUGUGCUGGACACUUGGAAGCUCACCUGACGCUCUCCACCUGGGAAUGCGGUCUACAAGAGUACACCCCUGCCCUGCUUAGCCUAGAAGAUCCACCAUGAGGCGAGGUGGAUGGAGGAAGCGAGCUGAAAAUGAUGGCUGGGAAAAAUGGGGCGGGUACAUGGCUGCCAAGGUCCAGAAGCUGGAAGAGCAGUUCCGCUCAGACGCUGCUAAGCAGGACGGGACGCCGUCAGCAAUAUUUAGUGGAGUCGCCAUCUACGUUAACGGAUACACAGAUCCUUCCGCUGAGGAACUGAGAGAUCUAAUGAUGUUGCAUGGAGGUCAAUACCAUGUGUAUUAUUCUAGAUCAAAAACAACCCACAUCAUUGCUACAAACCUUCCUAAUGCCAAAAUUAAAGAAUUAAAAGGGGAAAAAGUAAUUCGGCCUGAAUGGAUUGUGGAAAGCAUCAAAGCUGGGAGACUCCUGUCCUACAUUCCAUACCAGCUAUACACCAAGCCAUCCAGUGCGCAGAAGAGUCUCAACUUCAAUCCUGUGUGCAAGCCUGAGGAUCCUGUGCCGGGUCCAAGCAGCAUAGGCAGACAGCUCAACAGCAGGGUAAAUCACAUAAUUAAGAAGAUUGAGACAGAAAAUGAAGUGAAAGCAAAUGGACUGAGCAGCUGGGGUGAAGAAGAUGCAAAAGAUGAUUUUAGUUUUGAGGCUCUGGAACACACAUUUCCAGGAAGGAAACAAAAUGGAGUAACGCAUCCCAGAGACACCGCUGUCCUUUUUAAUGGACAUACUCACAGCUCUAAUGGUGCCUUAAAGACACAGGAUUGCUUGGUGCCUGCAGGCAGCAGCGUUGCGAGCAGACUCUCCUUGGACUCCGCCCAGGAGGAGAGGAGCAGCGCGGACUUCAGAGACUGCGCAGGGCAGCAGUUGCCGCAUGGCUUCAGAAAUGCAGAUGCUUUGCGGAGUCCACACAGAACUAGCUCUUUCUCCCCGGCUUUGCACAGUAACACGAAAGUCAAUGGUGCUCACCACUCCACUGUUCAGGGGCCUUCAAGCACAAAAAGCACUUCUGUUCUGACCCUUAGUAAGCUAGCGCCGGCAGUGCCGCCCAAACCGUCAGACUGCAACUUCAUUUCAGAUUUCUAUUCUCGCUCAAGACUGCAUCACAUCUCAACAUGGAAGUGUGAAUUGACUGAGUUUGUCAAUACCCUACAAAGACAAAGUAGUGGUGUCUUUCCAGGAAGGGAAAAGUUAAAAAAAAUGAAAACAGGCAGGUCUUCCCUUGUUGUAACUGACACAGGCAAUAUGUCAGUAUUGAGCUCCCCCAGACAUCAGAGCUGUGUAAUGCAUGUUGAUAUGGACUGCUUCUUUGUGUCAGUGGGUAUACGAAAUAGACCAGAUCUCAAAGGGAAACCAGUGGCUGUUACAAGUAACAGAGGUACAGGAAGGGCACCCUUACGUCCUGGUACUAACCCCCAGCUGGAGUGGCAGUUAUACCAGAAUAAAAUCCUGAAAGGAAAAGCAGCAGAUAUACCAGAUUCGUCACUAUGGGAGAAUCAAGAUUCCACACAAACAAAUGGAAUUGAUUCUGUUUUGUCAAAAGCUGAAAUUGCAUCUUGUAAUUACGAAGCCAGACAAGUUGGCAUUAAGAACGGAAUGUAUUUCGGGCAUGCAAAACAGUUAUGUCCUAACCUGCAAGCUGUUCCAUAUGAUUUUCAUGCAUACAGGGAAGUUGCCCAAGCAAUGUAUGAAACACUGGCAAGCUACACACACAACAUUGAAGCUGUCAGUUGCGAUGAAGCGCUGGUAGACAUCACUGACAUCCUUGCAGAGACUAAACUUACUCCCGAUGAAUUUGCAGCUGCCCUCCGCACGGAAAUCAAAGACAAGACUAAAUGUGCUGCCUCCAUUGGAAUUGGUUCUAAUAUCCUUCUUGCUAGAAUGGCAACUAGAAAAGCAAAGCCAGACGGGCAGUACCAUCUGCAGCCAGACGAAGUAGAUGAUUUCAUCAGAGGGCAGCUCGUUACACACCUACCGGGAGUUGGACGUUCAAUGGAAUCUAAGCUAGUAUCGUUGGGAAUUAAAACCUGUGGAGAUUUGCAGUGCAUGACCAUGGCCAAACUCCAGAAAGAAUUUGGUCCCAAAACAGGUCAGAUGCUGUAUAGGUUCUGCCGCGGUUUGGACGACAGACCAGUUAGACCAGAGAAGGAAAGGAAAUCCGUGUCCGCCGAGAUCAACUACGGAAUCAGGUUCUCCCAGCCAAAAGAGGCAGAAGCUUUCCUUCUGAGUCUUUCAGAAGAAAUUCAAAGACGACUUGAAGCUGCUAGCACGAAGGGCAAACGCCUGACUCUGAAAGUUAUGGUGCGGAAGCCAGGGGCCCCUGUAGAAACUGCAAAAUUUGGAGGCCAUGGAAUUUGUGAUAACGUUGCCAGGGGCCACUGUGCUCAAUGCAGAAGAAUUCCCAAUGGCACCAAAGGUGUGAGGAUGUCGCCACACAACAGGCUUUGCUUACAGAGCCAGUCAAAGGCUUAUGUCAGGACUGUAACUCUGGACCAGGCAACAGAUAGUGCAAAAGUAAUUGGAAAAGCGAUUUUAAACAUGUUUCAUACAAUGAAACUAAAUAUAUCGGAUAUGAGAGGGGUUGGUAUUCAGGUGAAUCAGUUGGUUCCUCCUAAUCCAAACCCUUCCACAUGUUCAAGUCGCCCAUCAGUUCAGCCAGGCCUCCUCCCUGGUCGGCCGCAGUCUAUCCUUGAUCUCUUCCACGUUCAGAAAGCUAGGAAACCCACCGAGGAGGAGCACAAGGAAGUAUUUCCAGCUGCUGAGGAUCUGGAAGUAUCCUCCACCUCUAGACCUUGCAGUUUAUUGUCACCCCUUUCUGCUCAUCUGGCAGCUAGUGUUAAUCCUGACACUAACAGAGAUCAGUGUUCAAGGAAAUGGAAAGGUCUGCACUCUCCCAUCAGUGGACAGUCAAGACUUAACCUGAGUAUCGAGGUCCCAUCACCAUCCCAGAUUGAUCAGUCUGUUUUAGAAGCACUCCCCCCUGAUCUCCGGGAACAAAUAGAACAAGCUUAUGCUGCUCAACAAGGAGAGCCACGUGACACCAAGAGGAAUGAACCAGUAAAUGGUUGCAGUUCAGGGGUAUUGCCACAUCCUGUUGGCACAGUUUUGUUGAAAAUACCAGAGUCUCAAGAACCUAAUAGCGACGCAGGAAUCAAUGUCAUAGCCCUUCCAGCAUUUUCACAAGUGGACCCCGACGUCUUCGCUGCCCUUCCUGCUGAGCUCCAAAGAGAGCUGAAAGCAGCCUAUGAUCAAAGACAGCGGCAGGGAGAGGACACUGCUCCUCAGCAGACAGCCAGUGCACCGGUGCCGAAGAAUCCUUUACUUCAGCUAAAGCCACCCACAGCAAAAGACAAGAGAAACAAGAAGAACCCCAUUGGUUCUCCCAGAAAGAUUCAGAGUCCUUUGAAAAAUAAGCUGCUGAGCAGUCCUGCAAAACCUCUGCCAGGGGCCUAUGGCAGCCCCCAGAAGUUAAUAGAUGGCUUUCUAAAACAUGAAGGAAUGACUUCUGAGCGGCCUCUGGAAGAAUUCUCCACCCCUGGUGUGCAGAACCCCUCUAGCUUACAGCCCAGCCAAACAAGUUGUGUUAGACCAGCAGCACCCAACUUAGCUGGAGCUGUGGAAUUCAGUGACGUGAAGACCUUGCUCAAAGAAUGGAUAACUACCAUCUCAGAUCCAAUGGAAGAAGACAUUCUGCAAGUUGUGAAAUAUUGCACUGACCUUAUAGAGGAAAAAGAUUUGGAAAAGUUGGAUCUAGUUAUAAAAUACAUGAAAAGGUUGAUGCAGCAGUCGGUGGAGUCGGUGUGGAACAUGGCGUUUGACUUUAUUCUUGACAAUGUUCAGGUGGUUUUACAGCAGACUUACGGAAGCACACUGAAAGUUACCUAAAUGUCCAGAGAGCCUGGUGCCCUCUGCCAGCUGUGCCAGCAGCGCUUGUGAGGUAUUUGCAAAGUGCAUGAUAGUGAUGCUCUGAGUUUUUAUAAUUUCAGAUUUCUUUUUAAGCAAGUGUUUUGUACAUUUCUUUUCAAAAAGUGCCAAAUUUGUCAGUAUUGCAUGUAAAUAAUUGUGUUAAUUCUUUUACUUGUAGCAUAGAUUCUAUUUACAAAACGUUUGUUUAUAAAGUUUUAUGGAUUUUUACAGUGAAGUGUUUACAGUUGUUUAAUAAAGAACUGUAUGUAUAUUUUG